CGUUCUAGUUUAUACAUAUAGGCGGCAUGUUUAAUUUUGCAGAAUAAAACUUAAACGAAAUAAUAAAAACAAAAAAAUUACAAAAACUGUGAAAAAUAUCUUAGUCUUAAAUAAAGUGUAAUGAAAAUGACAAUUCCUCUAAGAUAUAACGUAGUGAUAGUGAUAUAAGUGAAUAAAAAAUUGGGACCUUGAAAAUUUAUAACCUUGAACGACGCUGUAAAAAAUAGUAUAUCUUUGGUCAUAAUUAAUUUUUCUAGACGAAUAGGUAUCGGACGAAAUGUUGAAAACGUCGAAAAUUUACCAAUUAAAAAAACUUUUAUACAUUACAAAUGUUAAUUUGAAAAUAAGUAAAAAGGUGCAUCUGCUAAUGAAGUACAAUGCUCAUGGGUGCACCGCAUGCAGAAACGCAUGCUCAAGAAGGUACAAUGUGAGAGUUCAUUCAACACAGAGCGACCACCACAGACAAAAAGUUGUGAUAGAAACUAGUCAACCAAAGAUAGUCAUAGACAAACUGAGUGAGGUGCUGCCAGAUUCACAAAGAAAACAAAUAUGGAAAGACAAAGUAUUGCCGUAUGUGAGGUUAGCUAGAUGGGAUCGACCUAUAGGAGUGUAUCUCCUCUACUGGCCUUGUACAUGGUCCAUUGCCUUGGCUUCGAUUCCUGGUGUACCCAUACAAACUACGCUGCAGACGGCCGCGCUAUUCCUCGUUGGAGCCGGCUUAAUGAGAGGGGCUGGAUGCACAAUCAAUGACAUGUGGGAUCGAGAUAUAGACAAACAGGUAGCAAGAACAAAAGACAGACCCUUAGUGUCUGGUGCUGUCUCACAGACUGGUGCUAUGAUAUUUUUAGCCGCUCAGCUCUCAUUAGCUUUGGGUGUAUUGCUGCAGUUGAACUGUUACAGCGUAGCACUCGGAGCCAGCAGCAUGCUGCUAGUGGUGACGUAUCCGUUGGCGAAGCGUUUCACGGCUUACCCUCAAGUCUUCCUGGGGGCCACGUUCAACUGGGGCGCGCUGCUGGGCUACAGCGCGGUGCAAGGCUCCCUGGACGCGGCCGUAUGCCUCCCGCUGUACGCCGCCGCCCUCGGCUGGACCGUCCACUACGACACCAUAUACGCUCACCAAGAUAAAAAGGACGAUGCCCGUAUAGGGAUCAAGUCGACUGCGCUGACGUUCGGGCGGCACACGCGGGCGGCGCUGGGCGCGGUGCUGGCUGCGAGCGGGGUCAGCUUCGUCGCCGCCGGUGCCGCUGCGGGGCUGGGCCCGCUGUACCACGCCGCCGUGCUGGCGUACGUUGCCGCCGCCGCGCGACAGAUUUACACGCUCAAAACGGAUGACGCGAAGGACUGCGCUGAUAAGUUUAAAUCGAAUUCGUCUUUUGGUUUCCUGAUACUGUUGGGAAUAUUGGGCGGGGGAUGCGCUCCAUACGUCGAUAAUCUUAAAAAAGACAAUAAUAAUUACGAUGUUAACGCGGCAAAGAGUUGCUUCUUUUGAUCGCGGCGGGCGACUUGAGGUCUGCUGCGGUCCGCGGACCGACUGUACUAACGUCGACUAGAGACUAGAGCUAGACUAGAACUCGUUUCGUCAAAUAAAUAAGUCUGUGCGAUUGUCGCCGGCAACUGUUGAAGCAACAGUCGGGCGUCGAAGUGGGAAUUCAUUUGUUUGAAUUAAUUAGCAGCCCGUCUCUUUCGCUCGCGUUGCGCUUGCGUAGUGCGCGAAAGAGAUAGACGAAUAGGUUUUGGAUUUUUUUUCAGUGGAAGUUUGAUGUUUUGUUGAUUUGGGGAUCCAACCAGGGAUGCUGGUAGCAGCUUCGAUAGCAUUAGUACAUAUUGCAGCGAGAUUGCUGCGAAAUUGUUAUCGUUGAAAUAAAUAAAAUAUCUUGCCAUCUCUAUUCGUUUCUAUGUCCGUUCGAGCGGCGCUGGUGACGAAUAAUAAUGUAUUGUAUUUUUAAUUGGCAAUUUUUACGGUUUUCGUGAACCGUAAACACGAUUUAAACUAGUUUUAAGCUUGGAAUUUGCGUUUAUAAUUAUCAUUAUAUUUGUCUGUGGUCCGGAGCCAAUAUCACUACAUGGUAUAAAACAAAGUCGCUUUCUCUGUCCCUAUAUCUGUCUGUCCCUAUGUAGGCUUAAAUCUUUAAAACUACGCAACGGAUUUUGAUGCGGU